AAAAAAGGGAAAAACAAAGAAGGAAAAAUUUGUUUGCACCCAAAAAAAAAACUCCAUAAAAGGCCAUGUAAUCCACCGCUUUCUCCUUCAUGCAUAAAAGAGAUAGAGGUAGAGAGAAGGGGAUCGAGGGGAUAACCUUUUGAGAAUAAAGUAGGGGUGUAAUAACUUUAUCCGGGCUCUUUAUUGAUCUCCUCUCCAUGGCUAACCAUAGCAAAGGGAACUCAAAGGGGAGCUUCGAGUUACCGGAGAUUAAGUUCACCAAGCACUUCAUCAAUGGCCAAUUCGUUGACUCCAUCUCCGGCAAAACAUUCGAGACGAGGGACCCGCGUAACGGGGAGGUGAUCGCGCACAUCGCCGAGGGGCACAAAGAAGACAUCGACUUGGCCGUGAAGGCCGCCAGAGAAGCGUUCGACCAUGGCAAAUGGCCCCGCAUGUCCGGAUACGAGAGGGGGAGGAUCAUGUCGAAAUUCGCGGACCUGAUCGAGGAGCACAUCGAGGAACUGGCGGCGCUGGACGGCGUGGAUGGCGGGAAGCUGUUCACGAUCGGCAAGAUCAUGGACAUCCCCGGCUGCAUCCACAUGCUGCGGUACUACGCGGGCGCGGCCGACAAGAUACACGGCGAGACGCUGAAGAUUGCGGGGGAGUACCAGGGGCACACCCUAAAGGAGCCGAUCGGCGUCGCCGGGAUCAUCAUACCGUGGAAUUUCCCGAGCACCUUGUUCUUCGUCAAGGUCAGCCCCGCCCUCGCCGCCGGCUGCACCAUGGUCGUCAAGCCCGCCGAGCAGACCCCGCUCUCUGCGCUCUUCUAUGCACAUCUGGCUAAGCAGGCUGGGAUUCCUGAUGGAGUGAUCAACGUGGUAAAUGGGUUCGGGUCAGAAGCGGGAGCUGCUCUUGCAUCUCACAUGGAUGUAGACAAGAUAGCGUUUACGGGAUCUCCCGAAGUAGGGCGUUUAAUUAUGAAGGCGUCCGCAGAGAGCAAUUUGAAAACCGUCUCACUCGAGCUCGGUGGGAAAUCGCCUCUCAUUAUUUUCGACGAUGCUGACGUGGACAUGGCCGUUAAUCUCGCGCGCAUGGCCAUUUUCUUCAACAAGGGAGAGAUUUGUGUGGCUGGAUCGCGUGUUUAUGUUCAAGAGGGGAUUUAUGAUGAAUUCGUUAAGAAAGCCGCAGAAGCUGCGAAAAGUUGGGUGGUUGGAGACCCUUUCGAUCCCACCGUUCAACAAGGUCCUCAGGUUGAUAAGAAGCAAUUUGAAAGAGUUCUUAAAUACAUUGAACAUGGGAAAACAGAGGGUGCCACAUUAUUGACAGGGGGAAAGCCCUAUGGUGAAACAGGAUACUAUAUUGAGCCCACCAUUUUCACUGAUGUUAAGGAGAAUAUGCUGAUUGCGCAAGAUGAAAUAUUUGGUCCAGUGAUGUCCCUUAUGAAAUUCAAGACCGUUGAGGAAGCCAUAGAGCGAGCCAACUGCACCAGGUACGGCCUAGCGGCCGGAAUCGUGACUAAGGACCUGAACAUAGCCAACUGGGUCGCGAGAUCGGUUCGCGCCGGAACGAUUUGGAUCAACUGCUACUUUGCGUUCGACCCCGAUUGUCCGUUCGGCGGAUACAAGAUGAGCGGCUUCGGAAGGGAUCAAGGACUGCACGCGAUCGAAAAAUACCUGCAAGUUAAAUCUGUGAUCACUCCUCUCAUCAAUUCACCUUGGCUGUGAGUUUAAUGCAAGUUUGAUGUUCUUACCAUCUAUACGGUUUUAACUUUGUGAAUGGGUUUUUACGUAACAAUGAAUAAAAACUGUGUAUUUUGGGAUGGUUGGUAUGAUUAUGGUGCUAGAUGCUUGUGAACUCUAUUUGGUGGCUAGUAUUGGAUUUAUUAAUAGUUUAUAGUAUGAUGCAA